AUGGAACUCAACCGAGAACAUUUUCGCACCAUAAUUUAUUACAACUUUCAGAGACAAUUAUCGCAACAAGAAUACUUGCUGAAAUUCAAACGUGGACGGGUGAGUCUUAGCGAGGAUCCCAGGGUGGGUGCACCAAAAACGGCAGUUACCCAGGAAAACGUCGAUGCUGUGCGCACACUCAUCAUUGAAGAUAGACAUGUGACAUAUCGAGCAAGAAAAUUAGUUUCUCGUUGGAUACCCCACCUGUUGACUAAAGAGCAGAAAGCAGCCAGGGUUAAUUGCAUUGUUAGUGGCGAUGAAUCGUGGAUUUACUGUUAUGAACCAGAAAAUAAACGACAGUCGGCUGUUUGGGUGUUCCAAGGUGAAGAAAAGUCAACAAAAGUCAUCCGUUCUCGAAGUGUUUCGAAAAAGAUGGUCGCGACAUUUGUGUCAAAAGCGGGUCCUAUUGCAACAAUUCCUUUUAAUGAGCAAAGAACUGUCACUGCGGAUUGGGAUACUACCAUUUGUUUGCCAAAAGUCAUCACCGAGCUUCGAAAAAUCAACCCCGAAAGAAGAAUCAUCCUCCACCAAGACAAUGCAAGCUCGCGCACAGCCCAUAAAACAAGGCAGUAUUUAAUGGAAGAAAACGUGGAAUUAUUGGACCAUCCUCCAUAUAGUCCCGAUCUAAGUCCUAACGAUUUAUUUACUUUCCCGAAAAUUAAAAACAGACUGCGUGGUCAAAGGUUCCAGUCACCAGAAGAAGCAGUUGACGCAUUCAAAAAUGCCGUUUUAGAUCUGCCGGCAAACGAGUGGAAUAAGUGCUUCGAAAAUUGGUUCGAGCGCAUGUAG